AUGUUUCUCCACGUUUGUCGGACAUCUCUACUUAGUUUUGCCGUUGUCUUCUUGCUUCUGCUUUCGGCUUCAAAUACCGAUGCCGCCGGAGAUCAGGAGAGAGUUGUAGCACGGAAUGGUGUCGUAGCGACUGAUGAAACGGAAUGCUCUAUAAUUGGAAGGGACGUACUUAAACGAGGAGGUCACGCUGUCGAUGCAGCGGUAGCUGCUGCGCUUUGCUUGGGAGUUGUUAGCCCGUUUUACAGCGGUCUUGGCGGCGGAGGAUUUAUGCUCGUCAGAUCAUCGACCGGCGAUUCGAAAGUGUUUGACAUGAGAGAAAUGGCACCUGGCCGAGCCUCCAAGGUACAUUUUUUUAUCAAUAGCUUCAUUGCUAAAGGUUACAUUGGGUGA